CAACUUGGGGCCUAAGGGCACCAUGAAGAUGCUCGUUUCUGGCGCUGGUGACAUCAAACUAACCAAAGACGGCAAUGUGCUGCUUCACGAAAUGCAAAUUCAACACCCAACAGCCUCCUUAAUAGCAAAAGUAGCAACAGCCCAGGAUGACAUAACUGGUGAUGGUACUACUUCCAAUGUCCUUAUCAUUGGAGAGCUGCUGAAACAGGCGGAUCUCUACAUUUCUGAAGGUCUUCAUCCCAGAAUAAUCACUGAAGGAUUUGAAGCUGCAAAGGAAAAGGCCCUUCAGUUUCUGGAACAAGUCAAAGUAAGCAGAGAGAUGGACAGGGAAACACUUAUAGAUGUGGCCAGAACAUCUCUUCGUACUAAAGUUCACGCUGAACUUGCAGAUGUCUUAACAGAGGCUGUAGUGGACUCCAUUUUGGCCAUUAAAAAACAAGAUGAACCUAUUGACCUCUUCAUGGUUGAGAUCAUGGAGAUGAAACAUAAAUCUGAAACUGAUACAAGCUUAAUCAGAGGACUUGUUUUGGACCAUGGGGCACGGCAUCCUGAUAUGAAGAAAAGAGUAGAAGAUGCGUACAUCCUCACAUGCAAUGUGUCAUUAGAAUAUGAAAAAACAGAAGUGAAUUCUGGCUUUUUUUACAAGAGUGCAGAAGAGAGAGAAAAACUAGUAAAAGCUGAAAGAAAAUUCAUUGAAGAUAGAGUUAAAAAAAUAAUAGAACUGAAAAAGAAAGUCUGUGGUGAUUCAGACAAAGGAUUUGUUGUCAUUAAUCAAAAGGGAAUUGACCCCUUUUCCUUAGAUGCUCUUGCCAAAGAAGGCAUUGUAGCUCUGCGCAGAGCUAAAAGGAGAAAUAUGGAGAGACUGACUCUUGCUUGUGGUGGGGUAGCUCUAAAUUCUUUUGAUGACCUAAAUCCUGAUUGCUUGGGACAUGCAGGGCUUGUGUAUGAGUACACAUUGGGAGAAGAGAAGUUCACCUUUAUUGAGAAAUGUAACAAUCCUCGUUCUGUUACAUUAUUGGUCAAAGGACCAAACAAGCACACACUCACUCAAAUCAAAGAUGCAAUAAGAGACGGCUUAAGGGCUGUCAAAAAUGCUAUUGAUGACGGCUGUGUGGUUCCGGGUGCUGGAGCAGUAGAAGUGGCCAUGGCAGAAGCCCUGAUUAAAUACAAGCCAAGUAUAAAGGGAAGGGCCCAGCUUGGAGUCCAAGCAUUUGCAGAUGCAUUACUGAUAAUUCCCAAGGUUCUUGCUCAGAAUUCUGGUUUUGACCUUCAGGAAACAUUAGUUAAAAUUCAAGCAGAACAUUCAGAAUCAGGUCAACUUGUGGGUGUAGACCUGAACACAGGCGAGCCGAUGGUAGCAGCAGAAGUAGGCAUAUGGGAUAAUUAUUGUGUAAAGAAACAGCUUCUUCACUCUUGUACCGUGAUUGCCACCAACAUUCUCCUUGUUGAUGAGAUCAUGCGAGCUGGAAUGUCUUCUCUAAAAGGCUGAAUUAAAGCUUUCCUGUAUCUUCUGAAUUUUGAAGACUCUACAGAGUGAUCUGGAAAAAUAUAGUUAGGGGAAAUCGUCCAGGCUUCAAAUGAUGUUCAAAGGAAUUUUACUUUCCCAUGUGAUAAAAGGAGAGAACAUCUGUUCAAAUUCUGGAGUUCUGAAAUCAAUAAUUACAGUAUUUUUUUAAAUUGCACUGAAGUAUACACACAAACCAACUCCUUUUUACCCAGCCAACAGGAUGUUUGCUUUAGCUGCAUAAAAUUACAUGUUAGAUAAACAUAUGUUAUUUACCUUGUUAUUAAAUAUUCAUUGAAAAACUCAUUUUAAUGGUUUAAUAAUUUCUUAUGGAUUACUUUGAAGUACCCAACCACCUCUCAAUUGCUAAGCAUUGUGUUUAAAAUUUUUAUGCUAAUAGGAGUAACAAUUUAAGAUUCUGAAGACAUCCCUAUUGCCCUUAGUAUCAAUUUCUGUGAAUAAAAUUAUUGGAUCAGUUGGAUCUUUCAUGCUUUUGAAAUAGCUGAAAUGCUCCCGGAAAAGUUCGGUUGUGGGGGGAUAGGAAAACAAACUACACUAGAGGGAGUUAAGGGAGCUGCAAGUGUCACAUGACAAAAACAGAAAUGGAGGCAAGGGUAAAAAGAUAGCUGAGGGCAUGAUGACUGAGGGCUACCAGGGUUAUUAGGUGAAUCAUGAGAUUUUUAAAGGUUGACCUUAUUUUCAAGACUGAACUUUUGCUUAUGCAAAAUAUCCCUAACCCUUUAGUGUCCCUUUUUCCCCCACCCAAAUUACUGUUCUGUCCCAUGUUUCCACACAAUUGUUUUAAACAGGUGGAAUAUACAGUCCAUGAAAGUGAAGUGUGUUACAAGCUUGUAUUUUGAGGGCUCAACAGUGGCCUAUAAUGAGUGUGCAAUAAAUAUUAAAUUAAAACCUU